AGGGCGUUACUGCGCGAGGGCAUUUUGCGGUAACAUUCGUGAUUCGUUGAUUCGUUAGUUACCGGUUUGGCGUUCCUCGUGGUUGUUUUCAGCCCAAAAAAGUUUUCCGGAUUCUGACAUGAAAUAAUGGACGACGAGGACGAAACUUAUAAAUUGUGGCGCAUCAGGAAAACCGUGAUGCAGCUAUGCCACGACAGAGGUUACCUCGUCACGCAGGACGAGCUGGAUCAGACGCUGGAGCUGUUCAAGGAACAGUUCGGAGAUAAGCCCAGCGAGAAAAGGCCGGCCAGGAGCGAUCUUAUUGUUCUCGUGGCGCAUAACGACGAUCCUACGGAUCAGCUGUUCGUCUUCUUCCCCGACGAGCCGAAAAUUGGCAUCAAAACCAUCAAGACGUAUUGCCAGCGUAUGCAGGAAGAGAAGAUUCACAGAGCAAUCAUCGUAGUCCAGCAAGGCAUGACACCGUCGGCUAAGCAAUCGCUGGUGGACAUGGCGCCGAAAUACAUACUGGAACAGUUUCUGGAGUCCGAAUUACUGAUAAACAUUACCGAGCAUGAAUUGGUACCCGAGCACAUUGUCCUGACCCCGGACGAGAAGGAGGAACUGCUGACGAGAUAUAAACUGAAGGAGAACCAGUUGAUGAGAAUACAAGCUGGCGAUCCAGUGGCGCGAUACUUCGGCUUAAAGCGCGGACAAGUCGUUAAAAUAAUCAGACCGUCGGAGACCGCGGGAAGAUAUAUAUCCUACAGGCUGGUUUGUUGAAGAGGUAAAGGGAAGGUGUGUCGUGGGAUAAAUCGCCGAAAGUCUCACGCGGACUAAGAGAGAAAUAUAUUUAUUGAAUUUUUACUUAUCGGAGUGUAAAAGAGAACACACUGCAGCUCAAAAUUUGUCAUUUAUUGUAGCAGCAUUGUAUAAUGGUGCAUCGUUUUGUAUCUGCAUUAUACCGUCGGUAUAGAAAUAACUGCAAUUACGCAUCGUUACGCUAUGUAAAAAAACCAUCUGUCGCAUCGAGUGUUGAACAUCCAUACAGAGUCGGCAGCGAUGAAUAAUAAUUACAGUUCUCACGUGCGCGAAAAAACGUGUGUCCGAAAAUGCGUUAUCUUACCUUCCCAAUAAUUGUUUUUUUUUUGCAUUCUAAUGCACUCGUAUCGGGCAAUUACAUGCGUAAAAUGUGUAUAUUCUGUCUUGCGUGGUUCGCCAGCUCACGUGUAUAAUCGAUAUUAAGAUAUAGCUGGAGCUUUUUAUUACAGAAACGACAUACAAAAAGGAUCACGACCUGCGGGGGUCGCUCGCGAUCGUCUGGCUUGGGUAGACAUUUAUUUCGAGUUACUAUUAUUAUUAUGUAUAAUACAUUGCUUGGUCCAAAAGUAUCAUGUUAUACAGUAUAUUGACAUAAAAGUAUAUCGGUAGCUGGAUUUUCUUCUCGGAGCGAGAUUUUAAUUUAGGUGAUUCGUCAAUAAAUAAGUGACAGUUCAA